GCAGCGCUUGCCUUGGGGAGGCCGUUUUGCAUUGCUUCUUGCUGCUCUUGUCAGUGAAUCAGAGCCAAGGACCCGCAGAGAAGGAGCUGGCCAUGGAGCAUUAAGCUACACGUUACUAAGGAAUCUAUCAGUGCCCUGGAUCUACAUUGCAAUCCCCAUCAGCACUAUCUCCCUUCACUGAAACCCCCCCAGAAACAUGGAGAUGUUAAAUCUGCGCUGCGUCCUGGCUUGCCUUCAGCUCCUCUUCAUCUGUCAAGUGGGUUUGAUUUAUGGAUACAGACAGCAACGAAAAUUAAUCGCAGAAAUAGACUGGUCCUAUACAGAAAGCUUUAACCAAACAAAUUGGAUGAAAAAGUAUCCAGCGUGCAAUGGUGCCAGACAAUCUCCCAUUAACAUCGAUGAAAAGCUCACACAGCUGAACAUGAAUCUUAAGAAACUAACUUUUCAAGGCUGGGAGCAAGUGUCCAAUAAUACUUUAAUUCGCAAUACAGGAAAAACAGUGGAAAUUAACUUGACAGGAGAUUAUUAUCUUAGUGGUGGUGCCUUAGAUACAGCAUACAGAGCAAGCAGGAUACAUUUUCACUGGGGAAAAUGCAAUGCUACUUCAGACGGUUCAGAGCACAGUUUGGAAGGACAGAAAUUCCCUUUGGAGAUGCAAAUCUUCUGCUUUAACGCUAACCAAUUUGGCAGUUUGGAUGAUGCAAUAAAAGGAAAUGGAAGAGUGAAAGCUUUAUCUGUUUUAUUUAAGAUUGGUGAAGAAAACAAGAAUUAUGAAGUGAUUAUUGAUGGUGUAGAUAGAGUUCAUCGUUUUGGUAAAAAAGCUGAACUAGAACCGUUUGUUUUGCUUGACCUCUUGCCAAGCUAUACUGAUAAAUAUUAUACUUAUAAUGGAUCGUUAACAACGCCACCAUGUUCAGAGACUGCAGAAUGGAUUGUAUUUAAGGACACGGUGACCAUAUCGCAAACUCAGCUGGAAUUCUUCUGUGAGAUCCUGACAAUGCAGCAAUCUGGUUAUGUCAUGGUGAUGGAUUAUUUACAGAACAACUUUCGGCAUCAGCAGCAUAAAUUCUCUGGACAAGUCUUUGCAUCCUACACUGGUACAGAGGAAAUACAUGAGCCAGUUUGCAGUUCAGAACCAGAAGAUGUCCAGGCUGAAGCACAAAACAGCACAAGCCUUCUCAUUACAUGGAAGAGACCUCGGGUUGUAUAUGAUGCCGUAAUUGACAGAUAUGUAGUCUAUUAUCAAAAACUACAGGGGGAAGACCAAACAAAGCAUCAGUAUCUCACAGAUGGCUACCAGGAUUUGGGUGCAAUUCUAUUAAAUUUAGUGCCAAACACAAGUUAUGUUCUCCAAGUUGUAGCAAUGUGCACCAAUAGCCUUUAUGGAAAACGCAGUGACCAGGUGGUUCUUGACAUGAUGAUGGAUGGGCAAGGAAAUGACCCAUAUAUUGAUGUAACUGAAACAGAAGAGGAAAUAGAGGACAGCAAUGAGGACAUGCAAGAAAAAUCGAAUAACAUAUAUGAAUUAACGUCACGCACUAUUAGUACCAAAAAUCAACUGCAAGUACCAGGAACCCAAGAAACAACUGUUCGUAACUUGGAAGAGAUGACUUCUCAGCCAUAUAAAACAACACAAGAAACCUUGCAGCUACACGAGCAUCGUGAUAGUCUUAAAACUUUGCUGUAUCCUACUUUGCAAUCUACAUCUAAAACAUAUAUCGCUACAACCACUGAUAUGUAUAAGGAAGUUGUGAAAACCAUUGAACAAGAGGAAGAUGAUGAAGACAAAAAAAGCACAGAGCUAAAAAGUAGAGUUGACAUAUGGAUGCUUAAUGACUCCGUAACUACCAAAUCACCCUCCACAAAUGACGCCCAAACCAGUGCUGUUAACGAUCUUUCUGUGACCUCUACCAGCUGGAGAAAGAGAAUUUUAAUGCCUACCCGGAGACCUCCGCAAAUUAUUAGUGACACUUCUGUAACUGCUUCAACUACCUUUUCAGCAACACUUACUCCAGAUGAGACAUCUCAAGCAGAUCCAGUUUCCUCACAGGCUCCAGAAGAAUAUACUAGUGAAAACAUCCCUUCUAGCACCUAUACAGGUAUUAAAAGCGUAGUCCGUGAUGAUAACUAUGAAUCAUUCAAUGCUACUUCCCAACCUCAAGUUUAUUCUGAUAAGAGGAGGCUAGAAAUGAGUCUUGUUGUUACAUCUGAUAUUGAAUUGUCAUCCUCGUCACAACCACCACUGUCCUCUUCUCCCAGUGAAGAAGAUCUAGAGCCAUCCACUGUUCUUCCUGAAAUGGAAAGACCCUACUUUUCAACUUCUACUUUUUCCCCAGUUGAAAUAUUUCAACCUUUCUCCCCAAGCUUUGGACAGCAUGGCUCUGCUUCUCCGAGUGAGGUAUUCGCUCAGACAACACAACCAAUAUUUAAUGGUGAGAUACGUCUUCAACCCUCCUACACUAGUGAAGUUAUUCCUCUAGUUACCCCCUUGUCUGAUACUCAGUUCCUGAAAGCUACCCCCACCGCUUCAGAUAUUGGUCUGACCCUGCAUGUCACACCUGUGUUUCCCAAUGUCGAUGUAUCAUUCGAACCUUCUCUGUCUUCCAGUGAUGGCAUUCCCUUGCAUACAUUUUCCUCCGCUUUCGCCACUAGUAAAAUGUCUCGCCAUCAUGCAGUAUCUGAAAUGUUUUCACAAGUCACGCAGACGGUUGCAACUGAUACACUUUCUUUGCAUGUUUCUUUGGCCUUGCCUGAAACCAAUGUUUUAGUUCAGCCAAGCCAAACACAUCAUUCUGAUGUGACACCACAUCAGACUGCUCAUGCUGCUUCUGAGAUCUUAACAUUUGGUCAUGAGGGUGACACCUUUAAUAAUGUUCAGUUUAUUUCACAACUUGAAACACCAAGCACUGAUUUAAAGAUGCAUGCACUUUCUGUGGUGUCUGAACCUGCCUAUUCUUUGUCUAAUAAUGUGGCUUCCACGGAAAGCUUUGCUAUUACCUCUGACUCAUCUGUGUUUUUGCAUGAUUCUGUGUGGGUAUUUCACCAGGGUACCUUAAUAACAAAGCUUAGCACUGAACUGUAUCUUAAGCCAAGUACUGUUAUAACACCAGAGGAUGUUUUACUUCAGCCUACACACUCCACGAUACAUGAUGGGGAGAACUCAGAAACAUUCUCUGGUAGUGGGUUCUUUUUUGAUGGGAUAGAUGGUUUGAAAAGCCAUAAUGAGACCUCUCCUGCUGCAGUAGUUAAUGUUAAAUAUACCACACUUGAGCUUAAUCAGAGUGAGUCGAUUACCGCAAGUCUUAAAGUAGAUGACACUGGAUCUCAGACUACCUCCACUUAUGGUGAAAUAGCUCCAGGUGCAAAUCAUGAAGUCAUGGCAGAUCUUUCUUCAUCCAAUGUAAUUAGGGAAACUCAGUCCUCACCUGACAUCCACUCAGUGUCUCUACCCACUGCCAGGAAUUUUGAAGCUGACAUUAAUGCAAUGUCAGAAAAUCUGCUACCUGUUCAGCCAGUGAAUUCUGUAACUACCACCUAUGGUGAUAUAUUGCUUAAAACUAUGCUUGCUGCAGCCUCAAAAACUGUCUCUGCUUCUACUGAUAUGCUUCUUUUGCCAACUCAGGAAAUCUUUUAUGAGACAUUAGAAAAAGCCACUAAUGAAUCACUGACACAAAUGGCCUCACAGUUGCCUAAUACUAGCAUUGCUUUGGCUGUGCCCAGUGUUGGAGAGUUGAAUGAAACAUCCAGUUACCAUUACGUAGGCUCUAACACUGGCUCCCUGCUAUUGCCUUCUUCUGUUGAUGCUACCUCUGAGUCUUUGUUGCAUACUACAUAUGUUCAGUCUGUUUAUAAUUCUUUGUCCCCGAGUUCUGUUGAGCCUGCAUACGCACAGCAAACAAUGUCAGUCUUGCAUGAAAAUGUUGUUGAACCUCAUUUUUUCACUAAUGUACAUUCAGAUGAAAUUGUAUCAUUGUCACAUGAUAAUGGCUUAACUGUUCAGCCUGUAGAUACUGUGCCUUUUUUAUCUCCUGCAAAAUCUCAUGCGGUUUCUACACCAGUGCUGCCUGUCAAUAGGUUAACCCAGCAAGAUGCUACCCUUUAUUACCAUACUCCACCAUAUGCUUAUCCUACGCAUGGCAUUUCUGUUGUGUCUUCGCAAUAUUCUAAAGGCAGUGUGUUAUCCACCUCUGCACUUGAUACUGAAGCUAAAGAGUCUGUUCUCCAUCAUAUUAUUUUACAAAAUGUAUAUGUUUCUGUUACAGCUGAUUCUCCAAACAGUGAGAGUCCUAGCACAUUAUCAGUGUUAACUGCUACAACUCAAACACCAACUGAUGUGUUGUCUACUGUCAGCUCUGAUACCAAAACGGGCCCUUCUGUAGUGGAUGAUGGUUAUCUUGUUGUAGCUAUUACAGAUUCCACAUCACAUACAGAAUCCCAAGAAAGUGUGGUAGCUGAUGUUAGUAGUUAUGUACAGCUCGUACCAACGAAGAAUAAUUUAAGCUUGAGUGAGCCCAGUGAGACAGCAGAAGAAGGAAGUGCCUUGUCAACAGCUGCAUCGGACAUUCAAAUAAGCCCUGAUCCUGAAGAAAGAAGCCUUUUCACGACCCCCAGCACAGAACCUAAAAAGCAGAGUGACAUGACUUUACUGGAGACCCACAUUCAGACGGAGUAUAUGGCCGUGGAAAAUACUUCUGAGUCAAAUUCUUGGGCAGUACUGACUGGUGAUGAAGAAAGUGGUUCGGGUCAAAGUACCUCAGAUAGUCUUAGUGAUAAUGAGACUUCUACAGAUUUCAAUUUUUCUGACCUUAAUGACAGAGACAAAGACUUUGAGGUUGCAGUUGAACCAGGUAAAGCAGAUUUAACACCUGGAUCUGAAAUGUCAACACUACCAUCUAUAACUAGUGAUCGUUCAACAGUAGCCAACGUGUCUGAGGCAGAGGCAAGUAAUAGUAGCCAUGAGUCUCGUGUUGGUCUAGCAGAAGGUCUGGAAUCACGAGAGAAGGCAAUUAUACCACUUGUGGUCGUUUCAUCCUUGACCUUUAUUUGUCUUGUGGUUCUUGUGGGUAUUCUAAUAUACUGGCGAAAAUGCUUUCAGACUGCCCACUUUUACUUGGAGGAUAGCACAUCACCACGAGUCAUUACCAGUCCUCCGGCACCAGUAUUUCCUGUUUCAGAUGAUGUUGGAGCAAUACCUUUAAAACAAUUUCCUAGACAUGUUCGUGACCUGCAUUCGAACAAUGGAUUUGCAGAAGAAUUUGAGACUCUUAAAGCAUUUUAUCAGGAAGUUCAAAACUGCACUGCUGAUUUGGGAAUAACGGCUGACAAUUCAAACCACCCGGAAAACAAAAAUAAGAACCGAUAUAUAAACAUUGUAGCCUAUGAUCACAGCAGAGUCAGGCUUUCACAAAUGGGAGAGAAAGAAGGAAAGAUAACUGAUUACAUAAAUGCAAAUUUUGUUGAUGGCUACAACAAGCCUAAAGCGUACAUUGCUGCUCAAGGACCACUAAAGUCAACUGCAGAAGAUUUCUGGAGAAUGAUAUGGGAGCACAGUGUAGAAGUUAUUGUAAUGAUUACCAACCUGGUUGAAAAGGGAAGAAGAAAGUGUGACCAGUAUUGGCCAAGUGAUGGCAGCGAAGAAUAUGGUACUUUUUUGAUCACACAGAAAAGCGUUCAAGUUUUGGCCUAUUAUACUGUCCGUAUCUUCACGCUUCGAAACACCAAGAUCAAGAAGGGUUCCCAAAAAUGGAGAGGGAAUGAGCAUGUGGUUACACAUUACCAUUAUACACAAUGGCCUGACAUGGGUGUCCCUGAAUAUGCUCUUCCAGUCCUUACAUUUGUAAGGAAGGCUUCAGCUACCAAGCAGUCUUCCAAUGGACCUGUUGUUGUACACUGUAGUGCUGGAGUGGGAAGGACUGGAACAUACAUAGUUUUGGAUAGUAUGUUGCAGCAAAUUCAGCAAGAAGGAACAGUAAACAUUUUUGGCUUUCUAAAGCAUAUUCGGUCACAGAGGAAUUAUCUGGUGCAAACAGAGGAGCAGUAUAUCUUCAUUCACGAUGCUUUAGUGGAGGCUAUUCUGAGCAGAGAAACAGAGGUACCAGAGAAUCACAUUCAUGCCUAUGUUAAUGCUCUUCUAACAACGGGCCCAUCUGGAAAAACAAGACUGGAGAUGCAGUUCAAGUUGCUAAGCGAACCCAACAUCCUCCAGUGUGACUACUCCACAGCAUUAAGGGCACAAAACAGGGAUAAAAAUAGAACGUCUUCCAUCAUACCCGUUGAGCAAUCAAGAGUAGGACUGCCAUCCCUGGUUGGAGACGGAAUAGAUUACAUUAAUGCAUCAUAUAUCAUGGGGUAUCAUGAAAGCAAUGAGUUUAUAAUCACUCAGCAUCCCUUACUGCAUACCAUCAAAGAUUUCUGGAGGAUGAUCUGGGAUCACAAUUCACAGACAAUUGUAAUGUUUGUGGAUAACCCAAAUAUGGCUGAAGCUGAAUUUGUUUACUGGCCAAACAAAGAUGAACCCAUUGCCUGUGAAAAUUUUACAGUGAGCAUGGUAGGGGAGGACCAUAUCUGUCUGUCAAAUGAGGAAAGAAUGAUAAUCCAGGAUUUUAUUUUAGAAGCUACCCAAGAUGACUAUGUGCUGGAAGUUAAACAUUUCCAUUGUCCAAAGUGGCCAAAUCCUGACAGUCAAAUAAGUAAGACAUUUGAACUUAUAAAUCUGAUCAAAGAAGAAGCAGCCAAUAAAGAUGGGCCUAUUGUUGUACAUGACGAAUAUGGAGGGGUAACAGCAGGAACAUUCUGUGCAUUGUCCACCCUCAUGAAUCAGUUGGAGAAAGAAAAUUCUGUUGAUGUUUAUCAAGUGACCAAGAUGAUUAAUCUGAUGCGACCUGGACUAUUUUCAGACAUAGACCAGUAUCAGUUCUUAUAUAAGGCUAUUCUGAGUCUUGUAAGCAGCCGGCAAGAAGAGAGUCCAGCGGCUUGUCUGGAGAGUAAUGGAUCUGCGCUACCUGAUGGAAAUACUUUAGAAAGCUUAGAGUCUUUGGUAUAAUUAUGAACCACAUGCUAUGUCAUGGCUCAGUUUUUAAAGCGUAAUUAAACUCAAGUUUGUAACUUUUCAGCAAACAUAGAUUCCAUACAUACUGU